AUGACAGACAAGGGCACGGCGCGUACCGAUCUUGAGGGACAGCCAAUGCGGCGACGACGAGCUUCUGAUCAGCUGCUGGAGCUGUUGGCGGACAGGGAGGAGACGGCAGACGGACCAUACGACUUUGGCAGCGGACGGGCGACAGCCUGGGCGAAGCGGCGCCGGCUGCGCAAGGGCACGUUCAGCUGUGUCGAGUGCAAGCGGCGCAAGGUGCGAUGCCACUUUGGGGCUGGCGAGGACGUCGACGUCGAGAGCAGCGGCAGCGGACAGGACACAUGUGUCUCCUGCCGGCGUCACGGCGUGCAAUGUGUCGGGCAGGAGUUGGAGUCACGGUCACGGUCGCGGUCACCGCUAUCUCUGCCGGCAAACACAGACAGGGGGAGCGGCCCAGAGCAGCGACAGUACAGCCGCCUAGGCGAGCGGAUCAGCGAGGUGGAGGCGCUGGUGGAGGAGCUGAUGCGACAGCGGAUGGAAGGGAGAGAGAGAGGAGAGGAGAGAAGUAUGGGAGAGAGAAGAGAGAUGGGAGAAGAAGGCUUCCAUCCGAUGAGCAGCAUCAAUGACAUCAGUGACAGCAGCAGCAACACAUCUGAUCUGGCACGUGAGCUGAUUCAGCUGGCCGUCUGUCUGCAGACGCUGGACGAUCGGAAGGAAACCGGACAGAUGACCGAUGUGGCUGAGGCAGAGAGUCUGAGGAGCAGCGGAACGACGAUGACCCCUCUGGCUUCCAAGUGUACCUCUGUCCAUUCCAUCGCCUCUGCCGACUUAAUCCCCUCGUCUCACUCCCCCUCUAUCCUUCCCCUCGAGCGACGUCAUGCUGCCAUCAUUGUCCGCAUCGCGGCCCGCAACCGGCGGCUGGACCGGCCGGGCGCCUGCUGUCAUCGCGGCCAGCAGGUCUACUACGACGACGUCUGGGAGACCCGCGACAUCGACUAUGCCUUCCAGCAGGCUGCUGCAGUGCUGCCACCGCGCUGGUGGGCUGUGCCCGACAUGGUGGUGGCGGCAGGAGGCGAUGGAGACAGCAUGAACAAUAGUAAUAGCGACAGAAACAGUAACAACAGCAACAACAACAACAACAAUAACACCACCACCACCACCACCAAUAACAACAGGCUGUCGUCAGUCCAGCGAGCCGACGCCGUUGCCCGUAUCCUCGGCCAGUCCAAGCAUUUCUUUCUGCUGGUGCUGCUGCACCUACCCUAUCUGACCCGACGACGGGCGCCGGAAAGGACAGGUCCGACGACCGCCAGCAACCCUCCCGAGACGUGCUCGACCGUCGCCUUCGACACGGCUUACAGCACGCUGAGCGCCUGCAGUGCUGCCCGCGAGGUGCUGGCCCGCGCCGCCGCCUUUUGGACUGGCCGACAGGCCGCUCGGAGGCAGGAGACCCUCCGAGGCCAAUCUUCCUCUUCCACCACCUCCUACUGCGCCAUCGACCUCCAGGCCUUUGUCGCCUGCGUCGCCCUCUUGCUCGCCCAUCUCGACGGCCACGGUCGUGCCGGUCGGGCUGGCGUCGUCGUUCAGCACCAGCGGCUCGCCGACGUCGCUGCUGUAACGGCCGCCAUCGACCACCUGGCCACGCUGUCGCACGCCGACGGCGCGAUCCGCAUCGCUCCCGGAGCCAAGCUGCUGCGACGACUGCUCGCGGUCGAGGCAGAGGCCGAGGCUGACGAGGAGGAGGAGGAAGAAGAAGAAGAGCUGACCGAGAGGCAAGAUCUCGCCAGCACAAACACACCCGACACCCUGCUCGCCUGGGCUGCUCGCCGUCGACGGCGUCCCCGCUAUGACGUCUGGGCCGAGGAGGGCACGCUCGGUCGCGGCGACGGCCGCAUCGUCGACCACGGCGCCCAACAGAUCCUCUCGGUGCCGUACUUUGGAACUGUGCAUAUCCGGCGACUGUGA